AUGGACUCGAGUGCAACGCUGGCCCCGGACGAGGAAGUGCGCCACCACCCUUCCCCCUCCGAAGCAUCAGCUGCCUAUUGGGCUCCGCUCCCCAUGGCCGAGCGGCACAUCGAGGUGCUCGGACCCAAGCAUGAUGACGAGAAGAAGAAGAACAAGAAGGAGAAGGAGGAGUUGAAGGAGACGGAGGAGAUGGAGGAGAUGAAGGAGACGGCUGGCACCAGCAGCUCCCUGCAGGGUCCUGGGGAGGUCGCGGUCAAGGCCACGGGGAUGAUGCUGACGGGCAAUGAGAUGGCGGAGGUGAUGGCCAAUCACCGCAGCGACCAGAGUGACCACAGGAAGAGGAAAAAGGGGAGGAAGGGCCGGGUGCGGGUCCGGAAGGACGCGGUCCUCCUCACCGCUGCUGUGCAGGCCCUGUUCGUCAUGCCCCGCAGAAUCGCGAGAGGUCCCAUCUACCCCUCCUUCAACUGGGUCACCGAGCUGGGCUAUCGGGCGGUGAUCAAGGUGGUGGACCACCACUAUCUUCUCCGCUGGGACGACCUCAGGGGAUGGGGUGUACCGCCCGUGCGGGUCAACGAGUUCGUGAAGGGCGAGUUUGUGUGCUACUCGCCCAGCAUGCAGGCCGAGCGCAGGCACGGCCGGCGCGGGGUCCGGCUUGAGGCCGAUUUCGAGCGGGACAAGGUGGAGAACAACACCACCAUCUUCUUCAUCCACGGCGGCGGCUUCUGCAUGGGGGAAGUCACGACGUACAGGCAGUGGGCGGUGAAGAUGAGCAAGCUGCUGGGCGGGAUCCAGUUCUUCCUGAUGGACUACGGCCUCUCCCCCGAGAACCAGUUCCCCACCGCCCUGCGCCAGUGUUGGAAGACGUACCUCUGGCUCAUCGACGAAAAGGUUUCCGUCGGAGGCAACAUUCCGCCCGAGCGACUGAUCAUCGCCGGAGACAGCGCAGGGGGCAACCUGUCGCUCAGCCUCCUGUUUCUGAUCCGCCAGGCGCGCCUCAACAAACAAAUGCGCGAUGAACGCCGGACGAUGUGUGAUGAAGGCGACCGGGCUGAUGAUGACGACUACGACUGUGUCCACGCCCAGAACGACCCGGACAUCUGCAACCCGCACGCGCCAGGCCCGGCCGCUGCGGCGCAGCACAACCGCCGCCGGCGCGGGACCAUGGAGAUGUGGAUGCUGCGCGAGGAGGACCGCCUCGGACGCGGCAUUCAGGACCUCUUCGGUCACGAGAUGCCGCACUACGACCAGGCCGAGGCGGCGCCGACCACUACGCGCGGGGCCGAGGGCGACGAGUCCGAGAUCAGGCGGCGGCGCGAGUACCGGCGCCGGCUGAACGACGAGGUGCGGGCCGACUGGCGCGCGACCGGCGGUUCAUGCGGCGGUCAUUGCCUGCCAUUCGAGCUCGACGAGCACGAGCGCGAGCUGUUCCCGCCCUUUCCGCUCUGCGCCAUGCUGCUGUCGCCCUGGGUCGACCUCAGCGAGCACAGCUCGGCCUUCCGCUUCAGCAACUACCCCAAGCCCGCCGUCUUCCGCCCCUAUCACAUCGGUUUGAGGUUCGUGCACGCCUAUCUGGGGCUGCAGCCGACGGACUACCCGUUCACGGUGCGCAAGAACCGGGAGCUGGAGCGCCGGUUCAAGUGGGGCCUGCGGGCGCAGGUCAAGGCCGCGCGGACCAAGCGCGAGAAGGACCAAGCGCGCAUCCGUUCGGUCGCCAUCCGUGCGCAGACCGAGUACCUGCGCACCCUGCUCCACGACGAGCUGCGGAUGCGCCAGGUCGUCAAGACCCGCGAAGAGCUCCGCCAGCACCGCGCGCGCCAGCGACAGAUGAGCGUCGACAUGGUCAACGUCAAGGAGGGCACCACCCGCCGCCACCGCGUACGACACCACAUCGGCCACGGCCGCGGCCGAAGCGGUCGAGGGGCUGCUGACGUGGCAGGGGACGACAGCGAGGCCCAGGCCCAGCGGGAGGCGGAGGAGGACGAGCUGGAUUGGGCGGUGAACCGGGCGUCGAUCUACUCGCCCUACGUGUCGCCCAUCUACGGCGACCUGCUCGGGCUGCCGCCGCUGCUCGUCACCGGCGGAGACCAGGAGCCCCUGUGGGACGACAUCCAGCGGCUCGUCCAGAAGGGCCGCGACCAGGGGCUCGAGAUGGAGCUGGUGGUGGGGGAGCAGAUGAACCACGACUUCCAGUUCUUCUUCGAGAUCGUGGCCCACCCGGAGGUGGCCAAGUUUCUCGACCGAGUCAAGGAGUGGUUCCGGCUGCAGCUGGAGAUCAUCGGCGAGGGGGUCGAGGUCGACCGGCUCAAGCGCAAGGACGAGGCCAUCACCCAGCAGGACCGGGAGGAGGCCCGGGCCGAAGAGGAGGAGACCGUCAAGGACAAGUCCAAGCAGCUCCUCCGCGGCCUCUCGCGCCUGCCCAGCCUCGCCGCGGUCUUGUAA